AUGAAUUAUAAAUGCGACAUCAACGUAUUUGACCUAAUCGACAAUUACCGCAUCAUCAAGCCCAUAGGUGAUGGCGGAUUUGCAUAUGUCUUUUUUGUUAGAGAUGAAUCAACAAAUAGAGCGUAUGCAAUGAAGAUAUCAAAGGAUCCUAUGCACAAUCAAGUCAUAGAUUUAGAAAGAGAUGUGAUGGAAGAAAUAACGGGUAAUUCGUGUUUUCCUGUUUUAGUUAAAUCAGGAUAUUAUAGAAAAAAUAUGUACAUUAUCAUGGAGCUCUUAGGUAUGAAUUUAGCAUCAAUAAGAAAAUUACUUGAUGGAAAGAAGUUUUCUUUAUACACAUCUUUAGUCGUCGCUUCACAAACCAUAAAUAUUCUUGAAAUUUUUCAUAACAAAGGAUUUGUGCACCGAGAUGUCAAACCAUCAAACUUCCUAGUGAAACAGAAAAAUGUUUCCGAGCUAUGUUUAAUAGAUUUCGGUCUCAGCAAAAGAUAUAUCGAUCCUAACACUGGCAAACCGCACCCAAAAUCAGAUAAAGUACGAUUUGUUGGUACUUCUAGAUAUGCAUCAAUAAAUGCAUUGAAGGAUAACGAUGUUAGCGUUUGCGAUGAUCUUAUUUCCUGGUUUUACAUGAUUGUUGAACAAUAUGUAGGCCAGUUGCCAUGGUCAUCAAUUACAGACAAAGAGUUAAUACUAGCAAUGAAAAUAAGAACUCCAGUUGAGGAAUUAUGUAGUGAUCUACCACAGGAAAUGAUUAAUAUCUACAAAUACCUCGAAACAUUACAGUAUGAUGAUGUAGUCGAUUAUACAUUUAUCCAUUCCCAAAUUUUAGAAGCAAUUAAAAAUCUUAAUGAAUCUAACUCAAAACUUCUCGAUUGGGAACAAAAUCCUGCAAUUACAGCUUCUAUAAUCGGAGCACCACUUAAAAGGCUACUAAGUGAUACUUUGGAGGGAAAAUCUCCUGAAGAAGUUGAUGUGGAAAAUUCUCCAUCAAAACCGCCACCAAAACCUCCUGUUAGAGGAAUUGAACGAGAGUUACUUAACGCAGAUGACGUAAAUGAUACAAUUAACGAUAUUAAUAACCAAACUCCGAUUUUAAUGACAGAUCAGGCAGAAACUGGCUGUUGCUGUUGUUCCUGCUAUGCAUGGAGAAUACUUUUCCACAGAAAACGAUGA